AAGAGUAAUUAUGAUAAACACCAUAACAAUAUCAAUUAGACGUUGUGGAAAUUGAAAAACCCUAAUUCUCUCUCUCUCUCUCUCUCUCUCUCUUACACUCGACACUCUUGAGCGCAUAUUCAUUCUGUAAACAAUGACACUUGAAAUUGAAGCUCGAGAUGUAAUAAAGAUUGUGCUUCAAUUCUGCAAAGAGAAUUCACUGCACCAAACGUUUCAAACAUUACAGAAUGAGUGCCAGGUGUCGCUAAAUACAGUGGAUAGCAUUGAAACGUUUGUUGCUGAUAUAAAUAGUGGAAGAUGGGAUUCUAUAUUGCCUCAAGUUUCUCAACUUAAACUUCCAAGGAAUAAGUUAGAGGACUUGUAUGAGCAGAUUGUGCUAGAAAUGAUAGAACUCCGAGAGCUAGACACUGCACGUGCCAUUUUGCGACAAACUCAAGCCAUGGGUGUUAUGAAGCAGGAGCAACCUGAGAGAUAUUUACGACUUGAGCAUCUUCUGGUUAGGACUUACUUUGAUCCGAACGAGGCUUACCAAGAUUCAACCAAGGAAAAACGCCGUUCACAGAUUGCCCAAGCUCUUGCUGCAGAAGUUAGUGUAGUUCCACCUUCACGAUUAAUGGCUUUAAUUGGUCAAGCUUUAAAGUGGCAGCAGCACCAAGGAUUGCUUCCGCCAGGAACACAGUUUGACUUAUUUCGAGGAACAGCUGCUAUGAAACAAGAUGUAGAUGACAUGUAUCCAACGACUCUUUCACACACCAUUAAGUUUGGAACUAAAAGUCAUGCAGAAUGUGCUCGAUUUUCACCGGAUGGGCAGUUCCUUGUCUCAUGUUCUGUUGAUGGAUUUAUUGAGGUCUGGGAUUAUCUAAGUGGAAAACUCAAGAAAGAUCUUCAGUACCAGGCUGAUGAAACUUUUAUGAUGCAUGAUGAUCCAGUCCUAUGUGUUGAUUUUAGUCGAGAUUCUGAGAUGAUUGCCUCUGGCUCUCAAGAUGGAAAGAUCAAGGUUUGGAGAAUCAGAACUGGUCAAUGCUUGCGCCGUCUGGAACGUGCGCAUUCUCAGGGAGUCACUAGUGUUGCAUUUUCUCGGGAUGGAAGCCAGCUGCUAAGUACAUCCUUUGACAGCACAGCCAGAAUACAUGGCCUAAAAUCUGGGAAGUUGUUGAAAGAAUUCCGCGGCCAUACAUCUUAUGUGAAUGAUGCCAUCUUUACUACUGAUGGAACUCGUAUUAUUACUGCCUCCAGUGACUGCACAGUCAAGGUUUGGGAUGUGAAGAGCACAGAGUGUAUACAUACUUUCAGGCCGCCGCCACCAUUGAGGGGAGGCGAUGCUUCUGUGAAUUCUAUUCAUCUGUUCCCAAAAAACACAGAUCACAUUGUUGUCUGUAAUAAGACAUCAGCAAUAUGUAUCAUGACACAUCAAGGACAGGUUGUGAAGAGCUUCUCGUCUGGUAAAAGAGAAGGUGGAGAUUUUCUUGCGGCAUGUGUAUCACCUAAAGGAGAAUGGAUAUAUUGUGUUGGUGAAGACAGAAAUAUUUACUGCUUCAGCCAUCAAUCUGGGAAACUGGAGCAUCUGAUGACGGUUCAUGAGAAGAAUGUAAUUGGUGUGACUCAUCAUCCCCAUAGGAAUCUAAUUGCUACAUACGGUGAAGACUGCACAAUGAAAUUAUGGAAGCCUUAAAUUGCUUGUAUUUAUUGUAUUUGUAUCCCUAAUGCAAGAAAACUUUGCGUGAAAUAUGAGUAUUUUUUUCUCCUUUUUAUCGACGUUCCAGAAGGAAAAAAAAAUUAUUUACAUCAAUUUGUAAUUUGCCUGCUAGAUUACCAGAAGUAGGAAGUGCCUUUAGAAA